CCUCCCCUCUCUCCAGUCUCCAACAUGGCAAUGGCAGUUUCGUAAUUUCUUCCCUCGCCGCCGACAUUACCGUCAUUUAGCCAUCCCUCACUCUCUCCGUCGCCCAUAAUCAAAACCCCUUCUCCCCAUCUCCUCCUCCAACUCUUCAAACCUCCAAAUUCUUCGAUCCCAAAUCUCAAAUUCCCCUUUUUCGAGCUCCCACCUCCCCCAAUCACCCCACUUCCUCCCACUCUUGGCAUAAACCGCACUGACAGACACUGCUGCAUCGCAGAAAUGGGAGACGUGGCUGACAAAUUGGCGUAUUUUCAAGCAAUCACGGGUUUAGAAGACGCCGAUUUGUGCACCGAGAUUCUCUCCGCUCACAAUUGGGACCUCGAAUUGGCCAUCUCGUCUAUUACAGCCCCCGAUGGCGGCCGCCCGUCCUCCUCCGACGCCUCCGCCGCCCCCACCACCGCCGCGCGCCCUAAUCGAGAGCCUCUCGAUGAUGGUCUCGUUCUUGCCCCGAACGGCAGUAAUCAGCCCCCUGGAUUAGCGUGGAAAUUAGUCACGCUCCCGUUUUCCAUAAUCACCGGCAGCCUAGGGUUAAUUUCUGGUGCAAUUGGGCUCGGUAUGUGGGCUGCCGGCGGCGUUUUGUCUUACUCCCUUGGGAUGGUUGGACUGGCUGGUGCGUCGCGGGCCGGAACGACGCCGCUGGUGACGGUGUCGCCGUCGGUUUCCGAGGCCAUGGAUUUUGUAGCUAGCUUUGAGCGGGAUUAUGGGAGGGUGAGGCCGCAUUUUGUCACUGAGGGCUUCAUGGACGCGCUGCAGAGGUCUCGACACGAAUAUAAGCUGCUGUUUGUUUACUUGCACUCGCCGGAGCAUCCCGAUACGCCGGCUUUCUGUGAAGGCACUCUGUGUAAUGAGAUGUUGGCGGCGUUUUUGAAUGAGAAUUUUGUGUCGUGGGGUGGGAGUGUGAAGGCUAGUGAAGGGUUCAAGAUGAGUAAUAGUUUGAAGGCGUCGAGAUACCCUUUCUGUGCUGUUGUUAUGGCCGCUACGAACCAGAGGAUUGCAUUGCUGCAACCGGUUGAGGGGCCAAAAUCUCCUGAAGAAUUGUUAACAAUAUUGCAGAGAGUGCUUGAAGAAAGUGCUCCUGUUCUUGUCUCAGCAAGGGUAGAAGCUGAAGAAAGAAGAACCAAUAUCCGUCUCAGAGAGGAACAGGAUGCUGCUUAUCAGGCAGCACUUGAGGCCGAUCAAGCCCGUGAGCGCCAGAGGAAAGAAGAGCAGGAACGACUGGAACGUGAAACUGCUGAAGCUGAGAGGAAAAGAAAGGAAGAGGAAGAGGCUCGUGAAAGAGCAGCACGAGAAGCUGCCCAGAGAGAAGCCGAAUUAGCUAAGAUACGCGAGGAGAAAGCUUUGGCUCUAGGUCCAGAACCUGAGAAAGGACCUGAUGUCACUCAAGUAUUAGUACGUUUUCCAUCUGGAGAUCGCAAGGGGAGGAGGUUUCACUGUACAGCAACAAUACAAUCUUUAUACGACUAUGUCGACUCUUUAGGCUGCUUGGAAGUCAACGGCUACACCCUGGUCUCCAACUUCCCGCGCACUGUUUAUGGCCAAGACAAGUUAUCUUCGUCGCUGAAAGAAGCAGGAUUGCAUCCGCAGGCCAGCCUCUUCGUGGAGAUAAACUAACAAUCCAUCAACUUGUGGUAGGAUAAUAUCUCGUUACAUUGACUGGCAUUUUGAUGAUACAUUUAGCAAAUUUGUGGUUGUGACUAUAUUGGCAUUCACAUGGGAAAAAAAAAACUGGAUCAAAUAAGUGUCCAGUCGUAUAUAGUGUUUGAAAAUAGACGCUGCAGUUUUCUCUCACAAGUUGUUUAGGUGAUCAGUUUAUGAGAUUCUUUCAGACAUUCAAAAUUCAUUUAUGUAUCCUUCAUGUAUUUAAGGACAUGCAUGUUACUUAUGCAGCACUUACCUUGUACCCUUUUAAUGUUCAAUUUUAUUGAGUUAUUUGGAUUUCUUGUAAAA